AGAGCUAUACACAACACUACACAACUGAAUAUACCAAAAUCUUAAACAAUUUAAAUGCAGCUCCUUCUCCUCCUCCUCCUCGCUCUGCAGCACUUCUGUUCGGGAUUAAAAGCGCAGAAGUUGAUCACUACUGUCACAUUCAAUGUCACAUACAAUAUCACCGACGACAAUCACAGUAUUUUGAACGCUGAAACCAUCACAAAGCCCGGAUGUCCAAAAAAAUGCGGAAAUCUCACAGUAACAUAUCCUUUUGGCAUCAUUUCAGAAGGUCUCAGCUGUUCCAAGGACCCCUCACUUGAUAUUACCUGCAAUUAUUCAACCAAUCCUCCUAAGGCUUUCAUAAAAACGGGUAAUCUCGAAGUUUAUGAUAUAUCCAACACCAAGUUACGUAUAUUAAAUCUUAUGGCUUCCAGAUGCUAUGAUUCUGGGGUACUAACUGGAGGACAAAAUUCGCGAACAAGAUUGAGGGGAACUUCAUAUAUGUUUUCCAAUGCAAAUGUUCUCACAGUUGUUGGUUGUGAUGACUACGCCUACUUGUACAAUGCUCCAAACACAACAUUGCCUAAGGGAUGCCUUUCCACAUGCCAACACACUGAACAAGCCCUUGAAGACGAUUGUACUGGCACCGGCUGUUGUCAAAUAUCCGUCAAUCUCCAGCAGUAUUUCCAACUCAGACUUGGAAGCUUUAGUAACCAUACAAAUUUAUCAUCCUCCAACAAUUGCGGGUAUAGCUUUUUGGGUGAGAGAAGCAGAUUCAAGUUUCAAGGUAAAUCAGAUCUUGAUGAUCCAAACUUCUUAAACAGAACAAUGGCUAAUGUUCCUAUAGUACUUGACUGGGUAAUUGAGAAUAAAACUUGUAGUGAAGCAUCUAAAGACUUAGAUUCUUAUGCUUGCAUACACCCAAAUAGCGACUGCAUCAAUAAUUAUCACUCUGGAGUAUUUCAAGGAUAUCGCUGCACCUGCAAAAAUGGUUACAAGGGUAACCCGUAUCUCAGUCCAGGAUGCGAAGAUAUCAAUGAAUGUGAAGAAAGAAAUAGUUGCGAGCAUGACUGCAUUAAUACUCCAGGAAACUAUAGUUGCUCUUGCCGGCCCGGGUACUAUGCCGAUGUUGAUGAAUUUGGAAAAUGCAUCCCUAAAAGCUCCAAGUCCCAACCGAUCAAGUUAAUCUUAGGUAUUGUAUUUGGUUGUCUGUUGAUAAUCAUUGGAAUGAAUUGGUUGUAUUGCUUCAGUAGGAAAAGACAACACGCUCAACAAAGAGAGAAAUACUUUCACCAAAAUGGAGGCCUCCUGUUAAGACAGCAGAGUACUUCAGAGGGUGGUGCUGUUGAGUCAACGAAACAUUUCACUUACGAAGAAUUGAAGAAUGCAACCAACAACUAUGCAUCUGAUAGGAUUCUCGGACAAGGUGGUUAUGGUGUAGUUUACAAAGGAAUUUUACCAGAUGAACGUAUAGUUGCCAUAAAAAAGUCUAAAAUACUGGACAAGACUCAAGUAGAACAAUUUAUUAACGAGGUGAGGAUUCUUACACAAGUUAAACAUAAAAAUGUUGUUAAACUUUUGGGGUGUUGUUUAGAAUGUGAGGUACCGAUGCUGGUAUACGAGUUUGUAUCCAAUGGCACCUUAUUCCAUCACGUUCACAAUGUUGAUGGUUCUGGUUCAUGGUUAUCAUUGGAGAAUCGGCUGAGAAUUGCAGCUGAAUCUUCCGGUGCCCUUGCAUAUCUCCACUCUGCGGUUUCUAUACCCAUCAUUCAUAGAGAUGUCAAAUUAGCUAACAUUUUACUAGAUGAUAACCAUGUGGCUAAAAUUGCGGAUUUUGGAGCAUCUAGGUUGAUACCCAUGGAUCAAACAGAAGUGACUACACUAGUCCAAGGAACUUUGGGGUACUUGGACCCUGAAUACUUCCAUACAGGCCAACUGACUGAGAAAAGCGAUGUUUAUAGUUUUGGAAUAGUCUUUGCUGAGCUUUUAACCGGAAGACAACCAAUAUGCAUGGCUAAUCGUCCAGAAGAGAGAAAUCUAGCCACAUAUUUUGUUUCAUCCCUGAAGGAAGACCGGUUGUUUCAAAUUAUUGAGCCUCGAUUAUUGAAGGAAGGGACGAUAGAUCAACUUCAAAAGGCCGCUCAACUUGUGAAGAGGUGUCUUAGCCUUAAUGGCGAGGAAAGACCAACAAUGAAGGAAGUGAUGAUGGAAGUCGAAAGCUUCAGAAAAUUUACCAAACAUCCCUGGGCUAAUCAGCAUGGAAAUGAAGACACCGCAAGGUUAAUAGGUCAAAAUGAGUUUCCGCAUUCAGAUCUUUAUGAAAUUCAACUAAGUUCUUACCAUAAUGUGGUGAAUGACUCUGAACAAUACAGUUCAAGUGCUACUAUUAGUUUGUUGCACCCACCAACUAGCCCUCGCUGAGACAUGGCAAGUUCUGUCACAAGAAAAGCGGCUAAUUUUGACCGUUUUUCGACCUAAAGUGUUUAUGAUCGCUUAAAUUGCAGCGACCCUCGUACUUCAUCGACCGAAAGCGUUUAUGAUCGAAAAUAACAGGUCGAAAGUAAGAAAAGCGACCGGUCGACCAGUUCUGACUGUCGAAAUUAGUCGUUUUUGUUGUAGUGUGUGAUUUGUGACAUUGGCAACUAUGUAUGUGCUUGGCCUCUAGUGUCCAAAUAUUUCAUUCAUAUCAAGUACUGUAAGUGAUUUGUGUCUAUGAUUGGCUUGUAAGUUAAAUUUUUAAGUGGAGUAACUUUCAAUAUGAA